UGAGGCUCCGCCCCGGGGGGGGGCGGGGCGCGGCCGGAGCAGGCGCAGUGCGGAGACGCCCGGCCCGGAGCUGCCCUUCCACGUGCGGGGCCGCUCAGCCCGCGCCCUUCGCCGUCCGGCGCCCCCGCUCCCCGCCGUUCCCGCGUCCGACACGAGGUGCCGCCGCCGGCCGCCAGGCGGCUUCCCGUUCCCAGCGCUUCCGCCUCCCGGGCCCACGCGGCCGGAAGCGGCCUCCCCUCUUCCGGAAGCCGGGCGGAAGCGGCCUGUCGCCCCGCCCACUGUCCCGGCGCGGUCGCGACGUCAUCACCGGGCGCGCGCCGCCAUGCUGAGCCGGCUGCAGGAGCUGCGCAAGGAGGAGGACUCGCUGCUGCGGCUCAAGGCGGCGCUGCACGACCAGCUGAACCGGCUCAAGGUGGAGGAGAUGACCCUGCGGGCCGUGGUCGCGUCCGCGACGGAGGGCGGGAGCCCGUGCGCGCAGCCUGCGCCUCGGCGGUGCCCGGAUGUGGAUAUGUUGGCACAUGUGGACAACGAAGCUUCAAUUAACCAAACCACACUGGAGCUGAGCACGAGGAGCCGUGUGCCGGAGGAGGAGGAGGAAGAGGAAGAGGAAUCGGACUCUUGACAGAGUUGCUAGGGCUCGGGGCUUUCCUAGGAGCCCUUGGCCGAGCUCAGAGGAAGCAAGAACUCGGCGGGGCGGGGCGGGCGUCUGGUUGCGCAGGGGCUCCAUCGAACUUCAGCUGCCAGGGGCUCUUCCAAGGCAGACACUUCUGGCAUUUGCAAAAGCGGCUGAGUCUUAGGCCCCAGCCCACCUUAAGAAAAACAAUAGGGGCCGGGUGGUGGCGCACCUGGCUGAGUGCACAUGUUACAACAAACAAGGACCCAGGUUCGUGCCCACCUGCAGGGGAAAAGCUUCACGAGCGGUGAAGCAGGGCUGCAGGCAUCUCUCUGUCUCUUCCUCUCUACCCCAACCUUCCCUCUCAUUUCUGGCUGUCUCUGUCCAAUAAAUAAAGGUAAUUAGGAAAAAAGAAAGCAAACCGAUUCCAAGGAGCCGGGUGAUGGCGCACCUGGUUAAGUGCGCAUGUUAGCAUGCACUAGGACCCAGGUUCAAGCCCCCAGGCCCCCCUGCAAGGGGGGGGGGAAGCUUCAGGAGUGAAGUAGGGACUGCAGGUGUGUCUCUGUCUCCCUUAUUUCCCUCUAUCAAAGUGAGGAAAAAAGCCAAUUCCAAAGAGUUGGUGUGCCCCCGAGCACCACAGUCGCCACCUCCGGGUGGUAAGUGGCAGUGCUACCUGUUCAGGCCCCCAGUCCCCACCUGCAGGGGGAAAGUUUCACAAGCGGUGAAGCAGGGCUCCCGGUGUCUUAUCUCUCUCCUCUCUAUCAUCCCCUCCCAUCUCAAUUUCUGACUGCCUCUAUCCAACAAAUAAAAGAUUGUUUUUUAAAAGUG